AGCCCAAGGCCGGGGGAGCCGUGUAGAACAACUAGAGCCAGCGGGUGCGGGUGGCUGCCCGGCUUUGGCAUCUAGUCUGAAUGCGGUGAGAUGCCUGCUCUGUGCACCAACAGAAUUACAAUUUUUGGUUCUGCCUCCCGCAGAUCAGUACAAAGAAAAAUGACUGCUGGUUCAGUGUCAGUGCCUCAGAUUAUACCACUUCGACUCCCUCUGCCAGGGAAGGCUAAACAUGAAAUAGACACAAAUACACAUGUAGAAAUAAAAUCAGAUACUCCUGAUGUUACUCUAUAUUACACUUUAGAUGGAAGUAAGCCAGAACUCUUUAGGAGACCUGGCUAUGGAGAACGUAACACUUUUAAGUAUAAGGGACCUAUCACAUUACCUGAUGGGAAAAUAACAGUAAAAGCUUUGGCAGUCACCAAAGACUGCAGGGAGAGUGCCAUUGUAACAAAGGUAUUUCUGGUAGAAUACGAGCCACCAAACAUACUCUUUGCUGAUGAAGAUAAUGAUGAGAAUUUUCUGAAAGACCUCUCCAACCAGGAGCUGGAAGGUGGACUGUCAAUCACAAAAUUAAAAAAGAAAGGAGUGAAUGUGGAAAGCAAAUCCAGCUGGAAUGAUACAGCCCAAGAGUUUCAAGACUUGGAGGUAGAGAGAAGAACUGUCCACAAGUCUUUGAAAGGGCCACGAUUCUUGAAUGGUCAUUUGGAAACACCGGGUUAUAGAGAAAAGUCAAUCUCACCACCACCACCACCACACCAGUCCCAGUUCAUUGGUUCCGCAGUGUCUUCCAGGAAAAGUCUAACAAGCACCCAGACAAUGAGAAUCCAGAGGGAAACAGACUUCCUCAAGUGUGCACAUUGCUUAGCUCCUCGCCCAUCUGAUCCCUUUGCUCGCUUCUGUCAAGAAUGCGGUUCUCCGAUCCUGCCAGUGCCAGGGUGUCGCCUUCCACCCCCUGAAGGAGCUCAGAUGGGACUAUGUGUCGAAUGCAGAACUAUGGUGCCAAUGAACACACCAACUUGUAUUGUCUGUGAGGCCCCUAUAGCUCCACAGCUGCAACCCCAGGCCAGCAUCUGCUUAAAGGGCAAAGUAAUCUGUCGGGUAUGUGGCACCGGAAACCCUAUUCACAUAAAACACUGUGUGACCUGUGAAAGCAGACUGCCUGAAAUACAGACGCCUGCACUCAGUGGAGAUACACCCCCACCUUUAUCAAGUCAUCUAGGGAGAACAAUAUCCUGCUCAAAAUGCGGCCGUGAUAACCACUGUGAUGCUCGUUUCUGUGACUGGUGUGGAGCCAAGCCAGGUCCUCCUCCAAGCUACUUUACUUGCUUCAAGUGUGGUGCAAGCAACCACCCAUAUGCUAGAUUCUGUGGAUCUUGUGGUGUUUAUAUUGAGCCUCCAUCAAGACUGGCCUCUCAGAAUAGCAUGCUAUUGGAUGCUGGAGAUACCUUUGUGUUUUCUGAGGAUAAAGGAUUACGGACUCGAGCUGCCUGGGAGCCUCUGGUUGUUUCAUUACCAAAGUCAAGACUAGAUAGAACAGAAAGAAAAGACAAAGGAACCCAGACCAUUGGCCUGUUCUACCCAUCCAGCACACUCUUAGAGAAGAAGGAACUUGAGCUGGUUUCUCUAAAAGAAAAACAGGAGAAGAUGAGUGAUCGCAAGCCCCUGCUCACAGCCAUCAGUCCUGGAAGAGGGUACUGGAGAAAACAGUUAGAUCAUGUCUGCGCUCAUCUUAGAAGCUAUGCUCAGAACAACCCAGAGUUCAGGGCUUUGAUCGGAGAACCUCGAAUGGGAAAGAUUAUUUCUGCUACAGUCCAUGAGGAUGGUUAUGAAGUCAGUCUCAGAUUAAAUUACAUUCUUGCCAUAAACAAGGAUAUUCUCACUGGUAAACCAAUGAAGUUUGACAAUCAUUAUCUGAGCACUGUGACAGAAGGCAGAGAUGGACGGUAUGAUAGUCAGGCUAGUUUGGUGUGUGAAGAGGGUCACAGCAUCUCAAGCCCCAGAGAAAAAGUAAAAAGAACAAAGAAGACAAGAACAUUUUUCGAAAAAGAAAAUAAGCUAUCUCCUGAGGCUAGACAGCUCCUGAAAGAAGUGGGUCCAGAAGGGGAAGGAAAAAUUUCAGUGGUAGAACAAUUGCUUGAUGAAGGAGCUGACCCAAACUGCACCAACAGUGAACACCGACCUGCUUUAACAGUUGCUGUCCUAAACAGACAUGAUGAAGUGGUUCCAGUUCUUGUCCAGAAAGGUGCGGAUAUUGACCAGCAGUCAGGACCGCAUAACAACACUGCUCUUCAUGAGGCAACUUUGCUUGGAUUAGAGGGAAAUAAAUGCAUCAAAGUCUUGUUAGGCUGUAAUGCAAACGUUAAAAAGAAGAAUGAAAAAGGCUUAUCAGCAUAUGACUUGGCCCUGAAGACUGGGAAUGAGGAAAUCAUUUCAUUGUUUGCUAGUAAGCUUGGACAGGGAAUGCUGGACAAACUGACCAAGCCCAAGAAUCUCAGUCUGGCCAUGGCUUGAGUGUAGCUUUCUUAUCCAAGGUGGAGCUGGGUGCUAUAGAUGUUUGGAAGAAAGUGGGUUUUUUCUUUUUAAAAAACUGCAUGGCCAAGGCUUUUUUUUUUUUAAACCGACUCCAAGUGGCUUUGAAUCAAGCAAGUAGCUGACACCCUUUGAUAUCCAAAAUCACAAGUAAUCUUCUUAUCCUUAGAAGAACUACAGGACUGAGCCCAAGGAGAGCAAUUGUGCCUUUAAGAUUAGGAUGCUGUUGGAACUAUCUUAAAUGGAUCAUUCCCCACUUCUGCAGGGGUGCCUCUAAGGCAGCAUGUACUGUGAUUAACUUAUAUUUCACAUUUUAAAAUAAAAAAUGAAUGAUGUGAACUAUUCUAAUAGGAGAGAUUGUUAGACUUCACUAUAGAAUACUUGGUUUGAGCAGUUAAAUAAAUCAUUGUACAUUAA